GGAGCAGCGGCUCGCAGCCCUCCGGCCCGCGCGCCCCCACCCAGCGCCGGCCAGGGCAGGCGGAGCGCCCGCGGGCGGCGGUCCUCGGCCUCCCGGGUCUGCGCGCCGGGAAGCGGCUCGGAGCGGGGGUGUUGUUGCUAAUGAGCUCUCUCUCCUCCCCUCUUAACAAUGAAAGACAAGCCAGCCCCGGGUACCUGGAUGCAUUGAGAGCGGAAGUGUGAGAAACUUCAUAAUAUGUUGCCGAUGGCUACCAGCCAAGGCCGGAGGGUUGUUUUGCGGUUGUGCUGAGCCCAUCACACAUUAAGGGUCCUUUAAAGAACCUGGAUUGAUUGGAGGGACAAAAAUUAGAAGCAAUCUGAUCCCGCCUCAUGCCGGAUCCCUGCGGAUUUGCUCCUUAUCCCAUUUCCAUCCGCUGUCACAAUUUGAGAGCCUGCCUGAUUUGAUCAGAUUCACCUCCGGGAGAGGUGUAAUGCCAAGGUUAGGAGGACGCCAAGUUAUGGGCAACUUUUUGAUCUGCCCAUCAGCAGUCUGAGAAACGCCGGCUCUGGGUUUUCCGCAUCGGCCUUCGGGAAGAAACAGGUUCCUCGCCCUUUGCGACCCGGCAGUCGGUGCUCGAGUCCCCGGGUCAUCCAGCCACCACUGCCUGGCAGAUGUGGCCCUUCCAUGCUGAGGCCGAGAGUCCCGCCUGACCCAGUCGCUGCCUCUCCAGCGCCCGUCCGGGCCACGCCCCUGCGGACUGCUCAGCCAUGCUGCCCCUGCUGGCUCUGUUCCUGCACUGCCUCCCACUGGCCUCUGGGGACUACGACAUCUGCAAAUCCUGGGUGACCACGGAUGAGGGCCCCACCUGGGAGUUCUAUGCCUGCCAGCCCAAGGUGAUGCGGCUAAAGGACUACGUCAAGGUGAAGGUGGAACCCUCAGGCAUCACGUGUGGAGACCCCCCUGAGAGAUUCUGCUCCCACGAGAACCCCUACCUGUGUAGCAACGAGUGUGACGCGUCCAACCCGGACCUGGCCCACCCGCCCCGGCUCAUGUUCGACAGGGAGGACGAGGGCCUGGCCACGUACUGGCAGAGCGUCCCCUGGAGCCGCUACCCAAGCCCCCUGGAAGCCAACAUCACCCUCUCGUGGAACAAGAGCGUGGAGCUGACCGACGACGUGGUGGUGACCUUCGAGUACGGCCGGCCCACGGCCAUGGUCCUCGAGAAGUCCCUGGACAACGGGCGCACGUGGCACCCCUACCAGUUCUACGCCGAGGACUGCACGGAGGCCUUCGGCAUGGCCCCCCGCCGGGCCCGCGACCUGCCGGCGUCGGGCGCCCACCGCGUGCUGUGCACCGAGGAGUACUCGCGCUGGGCGGGCUCCAAGAAGGAGAAGCACGUGCGCUUCGAGGUGCGGGACCGCCUGGCCAUCUUCGCCGGCCCCGACAUGCGCAACAUGGGCAACCUCUACACGCGCCUGGAGAGCGCCAAGGGCCUCAAGGACUUCUUCACCCUCACGGACCUGCGCAUGAGGCUGUUGCGCCCGGCGCUGGGGGGCACCUACGUGCAGCGGGAGAACCUCUACAAGUACUUCUAUGCUAUCUCCAACAUCGAGGUCAUUGGCAGGUGCAAGUGCAACCUGCACGCCAGCCUGUGCUCCGUGCGCGAGGGCAGCCUGCAGUGUGAGUGUGAACACAACACCACGGGCCCCGACUGCGGCAAGUGCAAGAGGAACUUCCGCACGCGGUCCUGGCGCGCCGGCUCCUACCUGCCGCUGCCCCACGGCUCUCCCAACGCGUGUGCCGCCGCAGGCUCUGCUGUUGGCAGCAUCGGUAGGCCCCGGAAGGACCCCAUCCCCAAAGCCCCUGUGGCCACCGUGGCCAUGAGAGGGGCCCCCAGCACUCUUGCCCUCUCCACAUCCGCUGCGCGGGGCCCCGGGGCCCCCAGCACCCCACAGCCCACAGUUGUGGGCACCUUUGCUGCUGCCCCCGCCCCUGCCCCGGCCUCCAGACCUUUCCAGCUCAAGCCCAAAUCUGCUGAAGUGGUGCCCAUUGAAGAAUUCCAAGGGGGCUGUGCGAGAGGAGGCCCUCUGAUGCCAAUCACGUUUGCAGAACAGCUCAGGCUAAUAAUAAAAGACUGUGAGUGUUACGGCCACUCCAACCGCUGCAGCUACAUCGACUUCCUGAACGUGGUGACGUGUGUCAGCUGCAAACACAACACGCGAGGCCAGCACUGCCAGCACUGCCGUCUGGGCUACUAUCGCAAUGGCUCUGCCGAGCUGGACGACGAGAACGUGUGCAUCGAGUGUAACUGCAACCAGAUCGGCUCCCUGCACGACCGGUGCAACGAGACCGGCUUCUGCGAGUGCCGCGAGGGCGCAGCGGGACCCAAGUGCGACGACUGCCUCCCGACGCACUAUUGGCGCCAGGGCUGCUACCCCAACGUGUGUGACGAUGACCAGCUGCUCUGCCAGAACGGCGGCACCUGCCUGCAGAACCAGCGCUGCGCCUGCCCGCGCGGCUACACCGGCGUGCGCUGCGAGCAGCCCCGCUGCGACCCCGCCGCGGAGGACGGCGGCCUGGACUGCGACCGCGCGCCCGGGACCGCCCCGCGCCCCGCCACCCUGCUCGGCUGCCUGCUGCUGCUGGGGCUGGCCGCCCGCCUGGGCUGCUGAGCCCGGCCCGGAGGGGACCCUGCGCCCGGGGGGCGGCCCUGGGGGGCUCGAGGGCCCCGGGGGCCGGCGCCCGAGGCCGGGCGGCGAGAAGGGUGCGGCCCGAGCUGCUCCCAGGUGCUACACAGCAGAGCCCUCCCGCCUGCUCCCGCCGCGGUCAGUGGCACCUGCCCCCGGCCCGGCACUGCCCUCCGCCGCCGCAGGGGGCGCUGUGGGGGCUCUGGCCCCAGCCGCCUGCGAUUUGGGUCUUAGGUUUUCUUUUGUAUCACCCGCCGCCCCCCACCCUUUUUUCUUUUUUUUUUUUUUUUUUUUUUUUUUGGCUGGUGGUGAGACAGCGGGUGGGGAGAAAUUCUCACCUCAACACCUCCAGGUCUGCCUCCCAACACACACACACGCGCACACACACACACACACACACACAUAUGCGACUGUUGCAGACACCCCCUGCGCCUGUCCCUGGCUUACCAUAGGCCAGCGGACCCCGAACUCCUGUUGCCUACAACUCUUCUUUCUUUGUUUUCCUUUGCAACCCACCAGACUCCGUGAGGCCUGGUGACCAAGGAACUCACCGUCUGGGGGAGGGAGUUAGGAAGGAGGGUUGGGAAGGCUGGAAACUUGGUUUUGUAGAGAACUAUUUUUGUUUGUAUUCACCGGCCCCUCUCAGGAGGACACGAGCCGGAACAGGUGGUUGAUGGUGUAUAAUCCGCCAGAGUAAAGAGUCUGCUCACUGCUG